AUGAACACAACGCGUUUGCAUCCACAGACCAAACCGAUCAUUGAGUUAGUUAAUCUUGUUCAACAAUUUGACGACAAAAUUGUUUUGCAAGAUUUUAAUUUGACGAUUAAUCGGGGCGAGUUUGUCACUUUGCUCGGUCCGUCAGGAUCGGGUAAAACAACCGCACUUCGUUUGAUUGGCGGCUUUGAAUGACCAACGCGCGGUGAAAUCCGCUACAACGGUCGCGACAUGAAAGACUUACCGGCGUACAAACGUCCGACGAAAACCAUUUUUCAAGACUACGCUUUGUUUCCCCACCUUAACGUGGAAAACAACAUCAAAUACGGUUUAAAAAUUUACCGGGUUCCGCGUGAAAACGUAGCCCAAGUGAUCGAAAUGAUCGGACUAACGGGCAACGAGAAAAAGACGAUUGAUCAACUUUCGGGCGGCAUGAAACAGCGCGUUUCUUUGGCCCGCGCGCUAGUGGUUAAACCGGAAGUUUUGCUAUUAGACGAGCCUUUAUCGGCGCUUGACAUGCGCGUUCGCGAGAAAAUGCAACUUGAAUUAAAAGACAUUCAACGCAAACUGGGCAUGACGUUUAUUUUCGUGACCCAUGACCAAGAAGAAGCACUCACUUUAUCGGAUAAAGUGGCCGUGAUUAACGAGGGACGGGUGGUGCAGUUCGGCACCGCUCAAGACAUCUAUGACGAGCCGAUUAACGCCUGGGUAGCUAACUUUGUUGGUUAUUCAAACUUGUUUGUCGGCAAAGUUUUGGGUGAGGGUAAGGUCCGUAUGCUGGGCAAAAGUUUUCAAGCUCUAACCAAAGGAUUCAAAACUAACGAAACGGUUGACAUUGUCAUCAGACCCGAAGACAUUGAAAUCGGACCGCUCGUCAAAGGCCAGCUUAACGGGGAAAUCACCCGGGUUAACUACCAGGGAACAAUGUGGGAAUACCACGUCAAAAUUAGUCCCAAAGGUCCUGUAUUACUCGUCCAAGCGACGCAUAAAUUCGCAGUCGGAACUAAGGUCGGAAUUAACUGGGACUCGGAGGAAGUUCACCUCAUGAAAAAGGAGGUAAAAAAACGUGUUUAA